CAACAACACAUUUUUUGAUCAACUAUGUCAUCAUCAUCUCCAUUAAGCCUUGAUGGUCUAGACCUAAACCAAGUUUUCUUCAAAUCAAUCUCCAACGCUGAUCCGCCAUCACAGACGAACCACCACACGAAGAUCUCCGUGAUCGGCGUCGGCAAUGUCGGGAUGGCCAUCGCCCAAACAAUCCUUACUCAGGAUCUUGUCGACGAGCUAGCACUCGUCGACGUAAAUUCUGAUAAAUUACGCGGCGAGAUGUUGGAUCUCCAACAUGCCGCCGCGUUCCUUCCGAGAACUAAAAUCGUUGCUUCGGUUGACUAUACAGUUACGGCCGGGUCGGAUCUGUGUAUUGUCACGGCGGGUGCUAGGCAGAACCCGGGGGAGAGCAGGUUGAAUUUGUUGCAGAGGAAUUUGGCGAUGUAUAAAAGUAUUGUGCCGGAGCUGGUGAAGUAUUCGCCGGAGUGUAUAUUGUUGAUUGUGUCGAAUCCGGUGGAUGUUUUGACCUAUGUUGCUUGGAAGUUGUCUGGGUUCCCAGUGAAUCGGGUUAUCGGGUCGGGUACGAACUUGGAUUCGUCCAGGUUUCGGUUUUUGAUUGCCGAUCACCUUGAUGUUAAUGCCCAGGAUGUGCAGGCAUACAUUGUAGGUGAGCAUGGUGACAGCUCUGUGGCACUGUGGUCUAGUAUUAGCGUUGGAGGGAUUCCGGUUCUUAGCUUUCUGGAGAGGCAACAAAUUGCGUUUGAGAAGGAUACAUUGGAAAAAAUCCACAAACAAGUUGUGCAGAGUGCAUAUGAAGUGAUCAAUCUCAAAGGCUACACAUCGUGGGCAAUCGGAUACUCUGUGGCUAACUUGGCUUUUUCAAUUAUUCGAGAUCAGAGAAGGAUUCACCCCGUCUCAAUCCUUGUGAAGGGGUUCUAUGGUAUUGAUGGCGGCGAUGUUUUCUUGAGCUUGCCUGCACAGCUUGGUAGAAGUGGAGUUUUAGGUGUGACUAAUGUGCAUCUUACUGAUGAGGAAAUUCAGCAACUUAGGAACUCUGCUGAGACUAUCUUAGAAGUGCAAAACCAGUUGGGAAUUUAACUUGGUUAAAGUUAAUAACUUCCCCUUCUAUGUUGCUCGAAUCCUUCAAAAAUGUCAUUGGAAGCGUGUUGGAUCUUUCAAAAGUAAUGCAGUUUUGGAGAAUUCGACAUUGGUGCAACAUCAAUUUUUGGAGAAUCCCAGCGACAUAGCUUCCCUUUGUUACCACUACCUAGUAGUAUUGUUGUUUUACCAUCUAUGUAUUUGAAUUUUCUUUUUUUUGCAAGAUGUUAUAUCUUAGGAGGAAAAAAAAUGAGAUGACUUGUGUUGCAUCAGUUGGUCCUUGGCAUGAUGGCUGCUUACUUGUGCUGUGUUGUACUAAUUUUGGAACAUACAGUAAAUGUAAAAUUUGAUGCCAGCUCUUGUAAAAAUGGAAUUUCAUGUGUAAA